AUGAGCGAUCGUCAAAUAUUUAUUGGAAAUUUAUGUAAUGUAUCAAAUGAAGCACUACGUACAUAUUGUGAAACAUACGGUCCAUUAACAGAAUUAUCAUUAAAUCGAGAUAAAGAGAAUAAUAUUUAUCAUUGUUUUGCUUUUGUUACUUUUCAAUAUACUCGUGAUAUAUCACAAUUUAUGUCUAGUCGACCACAUUUUAUAUGUGGUGAAGAAGUAUUUGUUAAACGAGCAUUACCACGUUCAACUUCAUCCGUACCUGAACGACUUAUUGUUACUAAUCGAUUAAUUCUACAAGAUUUAAAUAAAUAUGAUAAAUAUCUUGUUCGAAAUUAUUUUCAAAAAUUUGGCUUUGUUAAAAAGAUUGAUAUUGAUUAUGGUUUUAUUGAUUAUGAGGAUUAUGAUGCUGUUGAUCGUGUUUUACUUGCUCGACCACAUUAUAUUCGAGAUAAAGAAAUAUUUGUAACUAAAUUUGUUCCAUCCGAUCAAAAAGAUAGUCUAGAUAAUUAUUAUUUACGUGGAAAUAAUUAUCAUCAUCAUCAUCAUCAUCAUCAUCGAUUAAAUACAAAUAAUAAUCAUCGACAUUCAAAUAAAAAUGAACAACAUGAUCGAAUUAUGAAAAUAUCAACAGAUACAAUUAAAUCUUCAUCUACUAAAAAAUUUGAAAAAGAUUCAUCCGAAAUUGCAUUGAUUGAUAAACAAUGUGAUAGUGAUGAUGAAAAAGAAGGUGAAGAAAUAGAUAAUAAUUAUUUAAAUAUUCAAUAUGAACAUCUUGAAGAAGAAUUUGAACGAUAUAAAAAAACAAAAGAAAUUGAAAUAUGUGCUUUACGAAUAGACUUAGAACGUACAAAACGACAAUUAGCUGAUAUAACACAAGAAAAACUUGAUAUUUUAUUAAAAAAUCAAAAAUUAUUUCAUAAUGAAUUAAUACUUCGUCUAUCAUCUAAUAAUAUAUUAAUUCAUUCACAAACAGCUGAAGAUUUUUUUCAUUCAUCUUCAGAUCAAUUAACAAAAAAACGUAAAUUAACAACAUCGCCACCACCAUCACCAUCAUCAAGUCAUCGUGAAUAUGAAUAUUAUUCAUAA